GGGCAGGACGCACAGGGGAAUGGUAGUAGAGGGUGUCUGGGAGGUCCUGCUGGGGGCUCCAGGCAGAUGUAGCCUGAGGGCAGAGUCACUGUUGGGAACAGAGCCCCCGCCCAGCCGCCUCCUCCAGGUCAGCCCUGCUGUAAGCCCAGCACCCUGCUCCUGCUCCUGGGACAGGUGCAGAACCGAGCAGAGCGCCAGCCCCCAACAGGCCACCAAGGUGGACGCCUCGCCUGGAGGUUCGGCCAGGCACCCAGGUACAUUUGGAGCCCCUCAGGCAUGGCUGCUUGGGCUCAAACGGGUGCCCGCCUCCAGCUGGGAGGAGCCCAGCUCACAAACACAGACGCAGGGGUGCAGGCACCCACCAGCCCCUCAGGUGUCUGAGCACGUGCGAGGAGGGCGCCGCCGGGCCCUGGGGGCUGACCCCACCCAGCCACCCUUCCACAAGAUUAACCUUGCAGGGCUCUGACCACCUUCAGGACACCUCCCGGGGUCAGCAGGUGAGCUGAGGAAGGGGAGGAAGGGGAGCUGGGAGAGGAGAGGGGUUGCCUUGGGAAGCACACAGGCAGGGCAGGGCUGCAAGGCCUCGUCUGGACUCUGUCCUGCUCUCAACCCCUGUGGGGCCACAGCAAGACACGGGAGCCCACAGAAGCCGGGCCCAAGCUGCAGGCUCAGAGGGGCUGCUGAGCCGAGAGGGUGUAAGGACCCACAGGAUGCUGUCCCUUUGAGUCCCCACCACUGGUGGCACAGAGAGACACGCCGAGCUUCUCGUCCUCCAGGUGCCCCCUCCUCCAGGGAGGCCACCAGGAAAGCACGAGGCCCUUGUUCAGCCGCUUCCAGAAGCCGGAGCCCCGUGAAGAGAGAACGAACGCUUGGGGUGCAGAGGAGACAGGGUGGGGACGUUCUGGGUUCGGCCAGAUCUCUACUGGGGUCUGGCUGAGCAGGAUGCCGAGAGCUGGCAUGUCCCCCUUGGGCCAGAGGGUCUGGGGGCAGGUCCCUGAGGAGACACACCCCCCCCUCCCCCGGCUGGGAAGGCACCUCCUCCUCCCUGCCCUGGCCUCCAGGGUGACAGGGAGCCCUGGGGAGUCCCUGGCCCAUCCUUCAUCCUCGUGGCCUGGUGGCCGGAAUGGUGCGGCUGGGUCAGGAAGGGAUGGGUUGGCACUGGAGGCGCAGGACGGGCAGGAGGAGGAUGGGGACAGCGAGGAGGGGGAGGGGUGGUGGGGGAAUUGGAAGUGCAUUCCAGACGAUUGACUCAGCACUGCAGCCGGGCUGGGGAGGGGAGCGGCCCAGCUGCCCUCCCGGGAAGGUCCCUGGGAUCGCUCCCUGGAGAGGAGAUAAGAUGGGUGGGGCCCGGCUGGAAGGAGAAUCCCUGGCCUGGGCAGCUCUGCUGCUGGCUGCUGGCUGCUGGCUGCUGCCCUAGGCUCUGCUCAGGUGCCUCCUCCUGGAAGCCUUCUGGGAUUCCUCCUCUGCUCCUGGACCCAGGGGUGCCCUUGGGGAGCCUGGCUUUAUUCAGCCUCCUGUCAGACACGGGCAGCGUCCAGGGGGGCCGGGGGGAUCCUGGGAGCUGAGUGGGUGGAUGUUUUGGGGGACCCUUCCGGAAAGUGCUAAGCCAUGCCCCCAGGCACAGCCACCAGCAGAAGGGAUGCACCCCGUUUGCUAAACAAGGCACCAACCCGCCCGCCUGGCUGGGCCCUGUUCACUGCUUCCCGCUGAGUCUGGAAGACCCAGGGGCCCGUUCUCUGGAGGCUGAGUUGGUUGAGAGGCCCCCGAACUUCUCCUGGGAGGCAAGGGGUGCGUGGUCCAAGAGCCCCCACGCGCCUGUGGCGGGAGCUUGCCUAGCCCUGGAAACCACCCUUAAGCCCAGGGCGCCCUGGGGUCCCCCCACCCACGUGGGUCACCCAGAGGGUACUGUGGAGGACGGGGUGCUGAGGACGCUUUCUCUGGGGGGUCCCUCCGUGGGGGGAAGCCGGGCGCCGGGUCGUGAGGACACAUGCGGCCUGAGCAAGGACCGAAGUGCCCAGAGCCGUCCAGCUGGUUUAGCCCCGGGUGCCCGGCCCACGGAGACAGUGGGGUGCGUGGUCCUUGUGGUUCUAACCUCCUGGUUUGGGACUUGUUAUGACUCCCGAGAAGCCGAGGCCCAGAGUGGCUCCAUGACUUACCCACAGAACAUGCUAGAAAGAGCGUGGAUUUGGACCUGGGUUUUCCAGGUGCUGAGCUGCCCUCACCCCAGACCCCACAGUCCUCAAUAGUCCUUGAGAGACCCUCACGGACACUUGGGGGCCUCUCGGCCCGGCCGCACCAGCCACUUGGAAAGGUGACAGCUGGGUGGUCCCAACUGCGGGAUCUCGUGGCGGGGUGGGGGGCUGUGGGCCCCUGGCCCGGGCAGAUCCCGGGUGGCUGCUUCCUGCCCACACACCAGCUUUGCCAGUGGGAGCCUGCACGGCGAGGAGAGGAUUAUUUAUAACCUGUUAUCUGUUGGGACAAGGCUCUGUAACUCAGGGGAGGGCCCAAGGCUCAGCGAGGCGGGUUCGGCGGCAGCAGUGGGCACGGGCAGUAGGGGCCAUGCACUUUAUUCCCGCCAGAGCCCAAUGCACACUUAAUUUCCCCUGGAGCCCCCGGGACAAGGCUGGGGCCGAGGGCAGGCUGACGCGUCUGAGGGGGUCACUCUAGCAGCAGAGUGGAGAUGCCCUGGCUGGGGUGGGGGGGCGUGCCUGGGACCACGGGACAGUUUUCCUGUGGGAAGGUGGGGGCUGGGGCCAGGAGGUGACCUCGGGGAGGCACUGGUCAGGUUUCAGAGACAUUUUGAGGGCCGAGUCAACAAUAUUUCCUGACACACGGACGUACAGGCAGAGGGCUCCAGGGUUGGCUCACAGGCUGUGGUCUGAGCGGCCAGAAGGACGGUGUCCCCAGGGACAGAGCACGCAGCAGAGCCAGGGGCUGGUCUUGGCCGUGUUAAGUUAGACUUGUCUGUCGGACACCCAGGCAGAGGUGCUGAGUGGAGUCUGGGGCUCAGGAGGGAGCUCUGGGUUCGAGGUCUUGGCAGAGGGGCGAGUGGAGCAUGGGACACAAGAACGCCAUCGCACCAUUUCGGGGCAAGGGCAGUGCUCUGAGACGGAGCUUGCUCAGUGUGAACGAGGGAGCCCCAGCUGCUUGUGGCAGUCGUCUUGUCACCGUGAGGCCUCAGCUGAAGGAAGACACCGAGGGAGAGAGGGCCACUAACACACAGAGCCGCGUCCUCGACCAGACCUCUCCUGAAGGCUGCCCACUGGGCAAGCCAGGUUGGGUCGAGUCCCCCCACCCUGAAGCUGAGAGCUUCUGGCCAAGGCCAUCAGCAGGCAGUCGGGACUGUACCUCUCACACCAGUGACACCCGCACCCCACGCCACCUGGACCCUGGGCGGAAAGAAGCCAGACCAGCGGCGGAUGCUCUGACCCCGCCGUGGACAGCGUCCCGUCUCCGUGGUUUCCACUUCGGGGAGCUGUCUUCGCCGCCGUCCCGGGGAUGGACAGUUUCCAACCAGAGGGUCAGGAAAACAAGGCCUCUCACACCUGGGAUUUUAGGUUGUUUCCAGUGUUUGUGGGACCGGUCGCGCCCCCCCGGAGCCCCCCGCGCACGCGGCCGCUCUGUGGUCGGGCCAUUUCCUUAGGCCAGGUGCCCAGACGCGGGGCUGCAGGGUUGGGUCACGGCCAGGGCUCGAGGUGCCAAGUCGCUGUCAGCGUCGCUGCGGCCCCUCCCCCACUCCUGCCGGCGCCCUCCCGCGCUGUCCGUGGGCCCGGCCGCCGGCCUUGUGGCCGGGUGCCCCCAGGGCUUGCUUGCCCUGUGUGUGUCAGCCCGUGCUUUCCCGAGGAGGGACCCGCGAGGGAGACCCGGCAGGUAGACGGCUGUGACCACCACACGCUUUUCCUAUGCGGAUCGAUACACGGGGAGGCCGGGCACGCGAUCGUAACAGACAGCGGUUGCGUUCGGGGUUUCAAGUUUUUACUCUGUUUCAAAUUUCUAUGCUGGGCUUUGUUGAACCUAAACACUGUGAGCAGCGGCCCUGCUGCCCACAGUGAUCUGUGGUCCGUGCUGUCUUCCGGAGAAAGCUCCCUGUCUUCUGGAGCUUCGGCAAACCGUGGGAAAACUGGGAAACAGCAAUCAGCGUUCCCCCACAGCCUUGUAUGUGAGCGCUGUCGGCCUUCCAGAACAGGCGUGAGAACCGACAGUGAACCUCGGCUCACCCGCCUCCCGCGUCCCCCGCUCCGCUGGCUCUGCGAAGCCGCAGUCACCUGUGUGUCGCUGGCCGCUGUCGACCCACCGGUCACCUUCACACCCGGACCCCGGCCGCUGGAAGCAAGCCGCGGGCAUCGUGACCUUUCACCCCAGGUCCCAAGGCGCGCGGCAUCAGCACGACCGUCCCUUUCCCCCUGGUCCUGGUGGCGUCCCUGGCUGCCCGGGCUUUGGUGGAGCCGUCCAGACGCUCUCGUCUGCUGUCCCCAGAGCAACCUGCCUCGGGGGCCUGUGGAGCGCUCUCCGCCCGGAGGGGCCUGCUUGCUCCCACGAGGCUGGCCAAGAGCACGCACGUUGGCAGGAGCGCGGCAGGCGGCGGUGCGAGCUUCCCCCGUGCGGAGACGCACCCGCCCCACGCGUGUUCCAGAACAUUCAUUGAACCGUUGCCGGAUCCCCCUGAAGUGCAUUUAGCGCUGGGGGUAAAGUGUGGUUUCAGCAGGUCACUCUUCCAGACUGUCCUAUGGAAUAAACAGGCCGGUACCUCUCACGGCUUUUCCUCUGGGACAGACUCUUUUCUGGGCUCUGUGGUUCCGGUCCGUUUGUCACACGAGAGCCUCCCUGUUCUGAUUAUGGUAGCUCCAUGACCCAUUUGCCUCUUCCUUCUAGAAGUCUCUGUGCUUCCUGCAUGCACCUUUAGCCCCUUGGCCCGGCUUCUACAGGCCACUUGAGCACCUUUCUCCCCCUGGUGAGGGAGGCCCCCCGAGUUGACCCCACAGCUCUGGUCUGAUUUGUGCUCCCAUCCAGGGAGGUGCAGGCCUCUCUGACGUCGGGAGGCUUUUCCGUCUGGUGGGCCCAUGUCUCUGGAGGGUGUGACCUCACUGUCCUCUCUCAGGGAGGCCUGGCAGGCCAUCCCUGCACUAUAUCCCCAGCCGUCCCAGGGUCCAGCCGCUAGCUCUGACCUCUGCCCGGCAGGGGUGAGUCCUGUCUGUCUGAUGGCCAAGGGCUGCUGCAGGCCUUUCCCGCCCCGUCCACGGUCACAGACCCGAGAGGGACAGGGCCCGUGGGCAGUGCCUGGGGAAAGAGGUGGGGGGUGGCUCUGGGUUCAGACCGGGGGGCCAGCCCCAUCUCCUUGGAAUUCACACCCAGAACACAGGAACUUGGCCACAAGUCCUGAAGACCCCAGGAGGCAAGCGAGGGGAACAGGGGUUGCUGCUUUGGCCGGGGAGGCUGGCAGCUAAACUUCCUGUCUAGGCUGCCACAUUUUGUGUUCCCUGCCCACACUCUCUAAUGCCUUCCAUACCCCUCGAGUAAAGUCCAGAUGCCUUACUUUGGUCUCAAGGCCUGUGUGACCUGCCCCACUGCCUGCCUCCCCCAGCUCACCUUCUCCCACCAUCCCAUGCCCCUUGUUAUUCCUUGAACAAGCCAAGCCAGUUCCUGCCCCGGGGCCUUUGCACGUGCUAUUGUUGUUUCUGCCUAUAAUACUGGACCCAGACUUUCUGGAUGGCCGGUUGGCUUCCUCUCCAACAGACCUUACUGACCACUCCCGAAACACGUUACCUGAAACACUACAUGCUUAUUUGUCACUUGCUUAUCCGGAGACCCCGAGUUCCAGGAGAGCUUUGUUUUCGGUUUGCGCCCCUCGUGCUCCACAGACUGGAGUACGUGAGUAUUUGUCGAAUGGGGGGAAUGAGUAUUCCUUAAAGCAACCGUCUAUGCUGGCCAUUAUCCAGAGGAGAAAACCGAGGCUCCCAGAUGCCCAACACUUUGCUCAAGGUCACACAGCCGGUGAGGCCAGCGGGGGUGUCCCCGUCCCCUGGCUCCGCUGGUCUUGGGGUGUCUGAGGGUCCAGACCUCUGCUGGCUUCAAGGCUGGAGGCGGCCCGCCAGCACUCACCUGGCUGGCUCUGCACUGCAGGUUUGAACUGCAUGUGUCUAGACGAGCUUUGCCCAAUGGACGUAUCGUUUUAGGACAUUUCAAAUGUUCUAUAGUGGCCGCGUCAAACAAAGGAAAAACAGGUGAAACUAAUUGCAGUAAUAGAAUUUAUUUAAGCAAUACAUCGAAAAUGCUAUCAUCUCAACGUGGAACUAAUUUAAAAAUUGGCAAUG